AUGCGGCUCCAGUGGGCGCCCCUGCUGCUGCUGCUGCUGCGCGCGUCCUGCCUGUCCCUGACCGCUGACAACCCCACCACGGCACCUGCCCAGGAUAAAACAGGGCUUCGGGCUGCUGCAGCGGCCGCCCAGCCCGGCCAGCAGCAGGGGGAGGAGACGCAGGAACUGGACCAUCCGAACCUCCUGGCCAGGCAGCGCAGGAGCAGCGGGCUGGUGCAGAAUAUAGACCAGCUCUACUCUGGCGGUGGCAAGGUGGGCUACCUUGUCUACGCGGGCAGCAGGAGGUUCCUGCUGGAUUUGGAGAGGGAUGACUCAGUGGGCACCACCGGUGGCAUCCUUACUGCAGGAGACUGGCAGAGUGCAUCAUCUAGCCACCGGGGUCACUGCUUCUACCGGGGCACCGUGGAUGGCAGCCCGAGAUCCCUAGCUGUCUUUGACCUCUGCGGGGGUCUCGACGGCUUCUUCGCGGUCAAGCAUGCGCGCUACACUCUGAAGCCGCUCCUGCGUGGGUCCUGGGCAGAGGCCGAGGCGGGACGAGUGUACGGGGAUGGAUCUUCGCGCGUCCUGCACAUCUAUACCCGUGAGGGCUUCAGCUUCGAAGCCCUGCCGCCACGCGCCAGCUGUGAGACUCCCGCGUCCCCGCCUAGGCCUCAAGAGCGCCCCUCGGCGCACAGUAGUCCCAGGCGACGCGCAGCUCUGGCCCCGCAGCUCCUGGACCAGUCAGUCUUCUCACCAACUGGGGACGCAGGACCUCAGACUUGGUGGAGGCGGAGGCGCCGGUCCAUCUCUAGGGCCCGCCAGGUGGAGCUCCUUUUGGUGGCUGACUCCUCCAUGGCGAGGAUGUAUGGCAGGGGCCUGCAGCAUUACCUUCUGACCCUGGCUUCCAUCGCCAACCGACUGUACAGUCACGCUAGCAUCGAGAACCACAUCCGCCUGGCCGUGGUGAAGGUGGUUGUUCUGGCCGACAAGGAUAAGAGUCUGGAGGUGAGCAAGAAUGCUGCCACGACCCUCAAGAACUUUUGCAAGUGGCAGCACCAACACAACCAGCUAGGCGAUGAUCAUGAGGAGCACUACGACGCAGCCAUCCUGUUCACCCGAGAGGAUUUAUGUGGGCAUCAUUCAUGUGACACCCUGGGAAUGGCAGACGUUGGAACCAUAUGUUCCCCGGAGCGCAGCUGUGCUGUGAUUGAAGAUGAUGGCCUCCAUGCGGCCUUCACUGUGGCUCACGAAAUUGGACAUCUACUUGGCCUCUCCCAUGACGAUUCCAAAUUCUGUGAAGAGAACUUUGGUUCCACAGAGGACAAGCGUUUAAUGUCUUCAAUCCUCACCAGCAUCGAUGCAUCCAAGCCAUGGUCCAAAUGCACUUCAGCCACCAUUACAGAAUUCCUGGAUGAUGGUCAUGGUAACUGCUUGCUAGACCUACCACGGAAGCAGAUUCUGGGUCCUGAGGAACUCCCGGGACAGACCUACGAUGCCACCCAGCAGUGCAACUUGACAUUUGGGCCUGAAUACACUGUGUGCCCUGGCAUGGAUGUCUGUGCCCGGCUGUGGUGUGCCGUGGUGCGCCAAGGCCAAAUGGUGUGUCUGACCAAGAAACUCCCUGCAGUGGAGGGGACGCCCUGUGGGAAGGGCAGAAUCUGCCUGCAGGGCAAAUGUGUGGACAAAACUAAGAAAAAAUAUUACUCAACAUCAAGCCAUGGAAACUGGGGAUCCUGGGGCCCCUGGGGCCAGUGUUCUCGCUCAUGUGGGGGAGGAGUACAGUUUGCCUACCGCCAUUGCAAUAACCCUGCACCUCGAAACAGUGGCCGCUACUGCACAGGAAAGAGGGCCAUAUACCGUUCCUGCAGUGUCACGCCCUGUCCACCUAAUGGUAAAUCUUUUCGUCAUGAACAGUGUGAGGCCAAAAAUGGCUACCAGUCUGAUGCAAAAGGAAUCAAAACUUUUGUGGAAUGGGUCCCCAAAUACGCAGGUGUCCUACCAGGAGAUGUGUGUAAGCUUACCUGCAGAGCUAAGGGCACUGGCUACUAUGUGGUCUUUUCUCCAAAGGUUACAGAUGGGACUGAGUGUCGGCCAUACAGCAACUCUGUGUGUGUCCGAGGAAGGUGCGUGAGAACUGGCUGUGAUGGCAUCAUUGGCUCAAAGCUGCAAUAUGACAAGUGUGGAGUAUGUGGCGGGGACAACUCCAGUUGUACAAAGGUUAUUGGAACCUUCAAUAAAAAAAGUAAGGGCUACACAGAUGUUGUGAGGAUCCCCGAAGGAGCAACUCACAUAAAAGUCCGACAGUUCAAAGCCAAAGACCAGACAAGAUUCACUGCCUAUUUAGCACUGAAGAAGAAAAAUGGUGAGUACCUUAUCAAUGGCAAGUACAUGAUCUCCACUUCAGAGACAAUCAUCGAUAUCAAUGGCACAGUCAUGAACUACAGUGGGUGGAGCCACAGAGAUGAUUUUUUGCAUGGGAUGGGCUACUCGGCCACAAAAGAAAUUCUGAUUGUACAGAUUCUUGCAACAGACCCAACUAAAGCAUUAGACGUCCGCUACAGCUUCUUUGUUCCCAAGAAGUCCACUCAAAAAGUAAACUCUGUCAUUAGCCAUGGCAGCAACAAAGUGGGACCACACACACCCCAGCUACAGUGGGUGACAGGACCAUGGCUGUCCUGCUCUAGGACCUGUGACACAGGCUGGCACACAAGGACGGUGCAGUGCCAGGAUGGAAACCGGAAAUUAGCAAAGGGAUGCCUUCUCUCUCAGAGGCCUUCUGCAUUUAAGCAAUGUUUGCUGAAGAAAUGUUAG